UUAUUCAUUACAUUCAUUCAUACAAUAGGCUGAGAGAGAGAGGAAAAAUCCGAACAACAAUGGAGAAAAAUGGCGGAGGAGAGAGAAUGGUUUGCGUUACAGGCGCAGGAGGAUUCGUAGCCUCAUGGCUCAUCAAGCUUCUUCUCUCUUCCGAUUACACCGUUCAUGGCACCGUUCGCACUGAUCCCUGUGAUCCUAAAUAUGAGCAUUUGAAACAGCUGGAUAAAGCAUCAGAGAAGUUGAAACUUUUCAAGGCCGAUUUACUAGAUUAUGAUUCAGUUUCUGCUGCCGUAAAAGGAUGUAUUGGAGUGUUCCAUGUUGCCAGUCCUGUCCCUUCCGCUUCUGUGUCUAAUCCUGAGGUUGAGCUUAUGGAACCUGCUGUGAAGGGCACACUAAAUGUGCUCAAAGCAUGUUCAGAAGCAAAAGUGGAGCGGGUUGUCUAUGUAUCAUCCGUUGCUUCUAUUAUGAUGAACCCUAACUGGCCCACUGAUCAAGUCAAGGAUGAAAAUUGCUGGUCUGACAAAGAAUUUUGCAAAAGAACUGAUAACUGGUAUUGUGCUUCUAAAACAGAAGCUGAACUUGAAGCCUUUGAAUACUCUAAAAGAAAUGGCCUCGAUGUUGUAUCAGUUUGUCCAACCCUUGUUUUGGGUCCUAUGAUGCAAUCAACUGCCAAUGCAAGUAGCUUGGUGCUCAUUAAGCUUCUUAAAGAAGGAUAUGAAUCAACAGAAAACAAGCUUCGGAUAAUUGUAGAUGUGCGUGAUCUUACUGGUGCCCUGCUUAUGGUCUUUGAGAAGCCUGAGGCUGAAGGAAGAUAUAUAUGUGCAUCACAUCAUAUUAGAGUGAGAGAAUUGGUGGACAAGCUGACAAGUAUAUAUCCCAGCUAUAAUUAUCCAAAAAGCUUGGUCGAGACUACAGACGGAGAUGACGUAAGUUCAGAGAAAUUACAGAAGCUCGGUUGGAAUUACAGACCGCUGGAGGAAACUCUAGUAGACUCAGUGGAGAGCUAUAAAAAGUUGGGACUUCUAGGUUGGAGGUAUUCAAUUGGCAUGUAAAAUGGCAAGAAAAGAAAUGUCUUCUAGCCUCCUAACUGUUGUUUGUCUAUAUAAAACUGUCGUACAUGUAAUCUCUACAUGAGUUGAAUCACUGUAAUUCUGUUCUUGAAAUGAAGCAUGGCUUCGCUGAAUGUUUUAUUAUGUUAAAAGACUGAACUAAGGUGGUCUCUGUGAAAUUUUACAAGUGUAUAAAGGGCAUCUGAACGUAACGCUUCCUGGA